AUGUACCCCUGUGCCCCUACUGGAUCCGCCCCUGGAGUGUUGCAGCUGGUAAUCAGUGCAGAAUCAGGCAACUCCACCAGAUACCCAUUUAUACUCCUGGGUGAUGAAGAAAAGGACACAAGUGAAAUGAAUAGCGAGGGAUUGAAACCACGACCUCUAGGUUUAGAAGUCAAACCAGUUUUACUGCACCAAACCGCAGCCAAAUCACAGCCUAUUACACUACUGGUUCAUAAUUUAAGGCGAUCUCUCGUGAGCCGGUGUUUGAUGACAUUUCCUGCAAAGCUGCAAUGUAAUGAGACAUACCCACAUAAUGGAACACUGGAAGAUUACACAUACAGAACACCUUGGCAAAGAGCUACUGUGAAGGACCAUGAUCAGAUUGAGUUGCCUUUAGCCGACCAGAUUAUGUUGUUAGACAUCAGUAAGGCAAACAUUCUUGAACCUAUGACAGGGAUGUUAAGGAAUAAUGGCGGUGCGAAUAAUUGUGAAACCUACCUACAUGAUGUAAUUCCUAGUUCAAAUCCAGAUUCACCUCCAGUGUGUUGUGAAGAUUUGUUGCACAUUCGACAAAGACUCCAUGCAGCAUCAGAGGAAACACUUAAUAUUGGAAAUAGUGGAGAUAAGCACAUGUAUAUAGAGGCUCCAUUGGCUCCAACAAUUAGGAAUUCAAUACCAAGAAUUGAGAGUCUUGCAACAUGCUUGGCAGCCAUUGUUGUCCAAGAUCCAUUCAUCCAACAAGAUGGCAAGGAAAUAACAGAGGAACAUAUUUUCAGAAAUGAAAGACUGUAUAAUAUCAACAAACACAUGGAUGGUCUUUGGCAAGACAAUUUAUGCUAUGAACAAUUUGAAUCGCACCCACAAAGUAUUGAACAACAAUUCCUUGAGGAGACCCAGGUUAUGAAUGAUCUCCAGGAAACACCAGAUGAUGUCAAAGAGAAUCUGACAACAGAAGAUCUAUCAGGCGUGACAGAUUUGGAUGAUGACAUGAGCAAACUCGGAGUAACACAGCAAACACUCAGUGAGAAUUAUGACACAGGUCAACAGCAUAUGGUGUCAAGGACACCAGAGGAAAUUUUCAUCCUCAUAAACGAGUCCAGCAAACAUCAACAGAGGAAAUACCUUCAUGAAGAUGCUGUUCUUGAAUCCCCAUCCCAGAGUGAUACCACCCAGAUGCCAACCAGUCAUCAAGAAAUGAUGGAAGCACUAGAAAAAGAAAUAUUGUCACCAUUCCAGUUCCCGGUAUUGAUGUCACCACAAAGAAUGGAAAAACUGAGCCAAGUGAUGUGGACCAGAGAGAAGUUUUUUAAAGACAUCGCAUCACUGAUUAUAAAAGUACCUGUCACCGACCAACUAGUGCUUACAAACUUAAUUGACGAAGCUAAGUUAUUACUGAAUGCAAGAAACGAGCAGUGCAGUGGGGACUUGGAGCUGAGUUUAACAUGGGAUCCCAUUGCUUUGUCAAGCCUUGAAGUUGUGGAUAGGAAUUUUUCGCCAGAAUCAUUUGGCAGUAAACCAGACACCGAUAUCAAACCACUGUCGGUUGUUGAAGAAUUCUUUCCUUUGGAAUACACUGAAGAUUUUACCUCACCCAAGAUUACAUACAACGACGAGCAUUUAGAGCGGAAUCCAAAAUGUACUACAAAAAGAACAGAUCUUAAGGACCACAUGCUAAUUGAAGACCAAAUGGAUCAUCUUAUGAUGCCAAUAUCAGGAAUCAUUAAGAAUGAUAAUCUUUCAAGUGCUGAUUCAAUCGUAAAUAAAAAGGAAGAAAGUGAAGAAGAAAUGCAAACCAAUGAGCUGUCAAAACAAUGGAAUGAAAAUGAAAAACUAGAAGUUGAUGGUGAAUCGCUUGAAAUGAAGAAAAACUGGAAUGAGAAAGCAUAUGAUAUGGAAAAACAAAAAAAUAAUGAAAAUGAAAUGCUAGAACUUACAAACAUGGAAAAACAACAGAAUGAAAAGGAACUUGUUAUGGAAAAUCAAUGGAAUGAACACAAAAAGCUAGGAUGUAAUAUGGAAAAAGAAUGGAAUGAAAAUUCACUUGAAGUGGAAAAACAACAAAACGAAAAAGAAAAACUUGCACUUGUAAAAUCAGAUAAACAAAUCAAAAGACAAAAAAUAUUGCAUGAAGAAAUAAUCGAAAAAUCCGUCUUGCCCUUUACUGGCAAUCCAGUUGAAGAUUUUUACAUGAUAAGAAAAGGUAGAAAAAUUGGUACAGCAAAUGUGAAGAAAAGUGGAAAAAUGUUUGAAAUUGUAGAGACAAAGAUUGAGGCAAAAAGCAGGGAAAUGUUGGAAAAUAUGGAGAUGAGAUCAUGUACAGUACCAGAAGAAGUGCAUAGAAAUACAGAGGACAAAGGUCAGGAGAAUACAUGUUCAUGCACUCCAAAAAAAACACGCAAGGAUGAAAAUCCUACUAAGGAAAGACAAAAGAAGACGAAAAUCAAAAUCAUAGAAAUCAGUCUUCCAGAGUCCUACCAAGAAAUAAUGAAUAUGAUUCAGAUGUAUGCACAUCCUAUAAUAAUGUCCUUGAAGGAAGGAGGCCACCUUGAUGAAGGUGUGACAUUCUACACUCUAAAACCAAUCACUACACGUUUCAUGCUUAAACAGAAACAUCUACUACAGCAUAAAAAUAAACAUGAGUACAAGUUAACUGUUCUACUCCAUGCUUUGGUUUCUUCUGCUGGCCUGUUAUAUCACUGUGAUCUUGCUACAGCAUGCCUUCACCUCAGAGCUCUUAAAGAGAAAUACAAACACAUCAUUCAUGAUGAGCUGUGCCAUCUGACACAGAGCAUGAUUAUUACAUUGCACAGACUUGAUAAGGAGCAUGUCCAGUCUCCCAAGAUCACAGAGCUGGUGGUACAGCUCCAGAACUGGUACACUCGCAAGAUAACUAAGGAAGGAAGUGAUCUGGAGCCAAAGAUACUGGUUAUUGUGUCAUAUGAUGCCCCCAGCUUGGUCAACUCUAUCUGCAGAGCUAUUGGUUCUUUAACAUGUUUUGUAUGCAAAGACAUGCAACAAGCUAGUAGCAGCUAUAGUAAUAUAUCAUCUCAACUAGACCACUGCAACUGCCUGGUAUUAAAGGAGAUGCAGAUCAGCGACGACUUCCCCUGGGCUCAUUUCUCCCUCAUUGUUGAAUACGAGGACCAACACCAAUCGCCUUGGAAACAGAUGUGUCUGAGACAGAAUAUAAGAUAUAUUGCUCUUAAGAUUAGGUGGCCAUCUGAUAAUUUGUCUGAACGUCACAAUGCACAACCCACAAAACCACUGGAGGAGGCAAAGGAUGUGGUACACACAAUCAUAGGCUCAAGUACUGUUACUUCAAACCAUGAGCUUCUACACCUUCUAGAAGCAAGAUUUAACAUUCAAGUUCUGGAACGAGAUUACCUCAAACAAUCUUCCUCCAUCUGCCAGCCAUUCCCAGACAUCGUCAUCAAUGAAACAACCUGUAUUGUUCUGCUUCCAGUAAAGCAGUUGACCGAAUCUAAUGCUGCUGAGUCUGUUAUCAACAGGAUAGCUGGACUAAGCCUCCAGUGUUGCCAUUGUACUGUUCUUGUAUGCAACAAUGAUGCAUCAACAAGCUACACUUAUUCAGGCCACACUGUUAAUAACCUAGCUCGUCUCCAUGCAGUAACCUCCCAGUAUUCACCGUCAGCAAUGGAUUAUGAAGUCAAGGUAUUAUAUUGUUACGGUAAUGAACAAACAGCCAAGAUAGUGAGGUCAAUAUCAGAUGCUUCGAUGGAAAGCAGUUCAAUAUGGAACACGUCAGAGAAUUGGUUAUCUGAGACGAUGAGCAAGCAGGAAAAAUUUCUUCUUUCAUUACCUUGUUUCAACUCCAUCAGUGCUCAGAAAAUUCUGUUCUCCCAUUGUCUUAAGAGCAUCUUCAAGAUGACAUUACCAUCCAUGAUUGAAGUCUUUCAUUGGUUACCAACGAAAGUCCUUGAGGUGCUACAUUCAAUUUUGCAUUGCGAUGAAGAUAAGAAACCGAACUUAGAACUCUCAAUAAAACAGACCAUUCCAUUUACUGACACAACUUUUACUGAAGAAACAGUAACAGAUAGAAGAGGAGGCAUUACACCAACUCAUGCCAGCAAAUUUUCUACUGUCAACACAGAGGUAAAAAUGGAGCCUCACCACACAUCUUAUGAAUAUUCAACUUCAAAAAACCAGUUCAAUGCCAGAUAUGGCAUGUUUGCAUCACCAGGUAAUCAAAGCACAACUAAAAAGGAAUUCACAAAUAAUAUUUUAGAUUCUAACAUUUUUCCACACAAGCAACCUAGUAAAAAGCACCAUCUUGACUCGGAGUCAAUUCAAGACCGGUACUAUUCAAUCCCAACAGCAAGAGAUCAUUGGAACUUUCCAUCUAGGAUGAUGAUGAAUCCAACCAAUGAUCUACAAACAUUCAACGAUCCAGUCUUCGAUACCUGCAAUGUUGGCAGUGUAACAUAUGAACAGGUCAACUAUCAUGGGUCUUGGAACAAUCUUGUUAACUGCGGCCCGAAUUCCAAAUCAUUUCACCAACCAAAAUUCAAUGACCUGUAUGAAGAUGAAUUUGGAAUAGGCAGUCAGUACUCAAAUAAGUAUUUGAAGUUAAAUGAUGGCGAGAAAGUGGCGUGUCACCAACAUUAUGAUAACAGCAUGGUCACUGAGAAUGAUAGGUCGGACCAGAAAUGCAUGAUGUACAACCUACCUUAUGGAAGCCAUGAAAAAUGGAAGCUGGAAACCAGUACGAUGAACAUAUUGAGUAGUCAAUCUGGCCAGAGGCAACAUCUUAAGCAGGAAGAUGGCAAAUGGAGUAAUUUGAUUGGAGAGCAGUUGGAUACAGAUUUUGAGUGGCCUUUGAAAGCGGAGAGAUACGCCAAUACAGGGUUGGACUGGCUAGGGCAGGAUUUACCACUUACAUCUAGAGGAGGUAAGGAGAACUGAGGCUUAAACCCCACCAGUUAAUUCAAAAAUACUACAAAGUAUUUUUAUCAGUAUCUAUAAUGUUAUAUUAACAUAUCAGCAUACAUCUG